UUGGUUUUGUUGAUCAACGCAUGAUUUUGGCGUUAAAUUUAUUGGUUAUAAAUUAGAAUUCAUAUUUACUUUUUUAUAAUUCAAAGUGAUAGUUUCCAGAUUAGUUGACAGCAAAAUGGAUAUAGAUAAUGACUUACCUAUAUGCGUACAAGCCAGGUUUAAAUCGGAAACUGGUGAAGAUACCGGCAGUCCUUUGGAUUUACCUCUCAACAUUACUAAGGAGCAACUUACUCUUAUUUGCAAUGCAUUAUUAAAAGAGGAAGACAAACCUUUUCUAUUUUUUGUCAAAGAUGUUGAAAUAACUUCCACUCUCAAAGAGGCCUUAGAUGUUGACAAGUUAAACUCUGAAGAAGUGGUAGAAAUCAUUUAUCAACAGCAAGCUGUGUUCAAAGUCAGGGCUGUUACUCGUUGCACAAGUUCUAUACCAGGUCAUGCUGAAGCUGUAAUAUCAACAAGCUUUAGUCCAUCAGGAAACCAUUUAGCAAGUGGUUCUGGUGACACAACAGUCAGAUUUUGGGAUUUACACACACAAACUCCACUGCAUGUAUGUAAAGGUCACACAAACUGGGUACUUUGCAUAUCCUGGUCUCCUGAUGGCUCAAAGUUAGCAUCAGCAUGCAAACAAGGCAGAAUCAUGCUAUGGGAUCCCUUAUCUGGUAACCAGAUUGGCAAAACUAUGAUGGGACAUAAACAAUGGGUUACUGCACUUGCUUGGGAACCUUAUAUCAGAAAUCCAGAAUGUCGCAAACUAGCCAGCUCUUCCAAAGAUGGUGAUGUAAGGAUAUGGGACACUGUCACAGGACAUACCAUACUAAGCCUGACAGGACAUUCUAAAGCAGUAACUUGCGUCAAAUGGGGUGGCACUGGUCUUAUUUAUACAUCUUCACAGGAUAGAACCAUAAAGGUGUGGAGAUCUGAAGAUGGAAUAUUAUGUAGAACACUAGAAGGUCAUGCACAUUGGGUUAAUACACUAGCACUAAGCACAGAUUAUAUUCUUAGGACUGGACCUUUUCAUCCCAUACUAGAUAAACUUGAUUAUACAAAUGAAAAGAAAGUUUUACAGCAGCGCGCACUAGAAAGAUUCGAGCAUACAUGUCCACAGGGUGAGGAGCGCCUCGUCAGUGGAUCAGACGAUUUCACAUUAUUCCUAUGGCUGCCUGAGAAAGAGAAGCGACCACUCGCUCGUAUGACUGGACAUCAGCAGUUAAUCAAUGAUGUAAAAUUUUCACCUGAUACAAGGUUUAUAGCUUCUGCAUCAUUUGACAAGUCAGUAAAAUUGUGGGAGUCAACCACAGGAAAAUUCAUAACAACAUUAAGAGGGCAUGUGCAGGCAGUAUACAUGUUGGCAUGGUCGGCUGAUUCCAGGCUAUUACUGAGUUCAAGCGCUGAUUCAACACUAAAAGUAUGGAAUAUGAAAACAAAGAAGCUUGAGUUGGAUUUGCCCGGACAUGCUGAUGAAGUUUAUGCAGUUGAUUGGUCACCUGAUGGUACAUAUGUUGCUUCAGGUGGUAAAGACAAGGUUUUAAAACUGUGGCAACAUUAGAAGAAAAAAGAAUAUUCUUUUAUGAUUUUAUUGUAAAAAUACUAUUUAAUAAACAUAGUUUUGAACAGAA